ACUCCUGGCGCUGCGCUCCGCGCUGCCAGGCUCUAAUUCGAGGCCUCCCGCCCCGCCCCUCCGCGCGUGACCUCGGCCCCGCCCCCGUGAGCCCCCGCCCCGCCUCCCGCCCCCCCCGCCCCCCAGCUCCUCUGUCAUUUCCUGAUUCCCGCUUCCUGCUUCCCAGAGACUGGGAUCCGGAGCCACCCGAGGACGGUGCUGCAGCCCCCGGGCGUCCCCGUCAUGUUCCGCAAAGUGGUUCGGCAGAGCAAAUUCCGACAUGUGUUCGGGCAGCCUGUCAAGAACGACCAGUGCUACGAGGACAUUCGCGUGUCCCGCGUCACCUGGGACAGCACCUUCUGCGCCGUCAACCCCAAGUUCCUGGCAGUGAUUGUGGAGGCCAGCGGCGGGGGCGCCUUCCUGGUGCUCCCCCUAAGCAAGACGGGCCGCAUUGACAAGGCCUACCCGACAGUGUGUGGACACACGGGACCCGUCCUGGACAUCGACUGGUGUCCCCACAAUGACGAAGUCAUCGCCAGCGGCUCGGAGGACUGCACGGUCAUGGUGUGGCAGAUCCCAGAGCACGGGCUGACCUCCCCGCUGACAGAGCCCGUGGUGGUGCUGGAGGGUCACACCAAGCGCGUGGGCAUCAUCACGUGGCACCCGACGGCCCGCAACGUGCUGCUCAGCGCAGGCUGCGACAACGUGGUGCUCAUCUGGAACGUGGGCACCGCGGAGGAGCUGUACCGCCUGGACAGCCUGCACCCCGACCUCAUCUACAACAUCAGCUGGAACCGCAACGGCAGCCUCUUCUGCUCCGCGUGCAAGGACAAGAGCGUGCGCAUCAUUGACCCCCGCCGGGGGACCCUGGUGGCGGAGCGGGAGAAGGCUCACGAGGGGGCCCGGCCCAUGCGAGCCAUCUUCCUGGCGGACGGCAAGGUGUUCACCACAGGCUUCAGCCGCAUGAGCGAGCGGCAGCUGGCGCUCUGGGACCCAGAGAACUUCGGGGAGCCCAUGGCCCUGCAGGAGUUGGACUCUAGCAACGGGGCUCUGUUGCCCUUCUACGACCCUGACACCAACGUGGUCUACGUCUGCGGCAAGGGUGACUCCAGCAUCCGGUACUUUGAGAUCACAGACGAGUCCCCCUACAUCCACUUCCUGAACACAUUCACCAGCAAAGAGCCUCAGAGGGGCAUGGGUAGCAUGCCCAAGAGGGGCCUGGAGGUCAGCAAGUGCGAGAUUGCCCGGUUCUACAAACUGCAUGAGCGCAAGUGUGAGCCCAUUGUCAUGACUGUGCCAAGAAAGUCGGACCUCUUCCAGGAUGAUCUGUACCCCGACACGGCCGGGCCUGAGGCAGCCCUGGAGGCCGAGGAGUGGGUGAGCGGGCGGGACGCCAACCCCAUCCUUAUCUCCCUGCGGGAAGCCUACGUGCCCAGCAAACAGCGGGACCUGAAGGUCAACCGGCGCAACGUGCUGUCGGACAGCCGGCCGGCCUCGGCCCCUGGCUCCACCCGCCCCGGUGCCUCCACGUCUGCCGCUUCCACCAACAUCGCUGCCCCCAGCGGCGGCGGCCUCUCCGGAGCCGGGGAGGCUAGGAAGCUGGAGGAGGUGAUGCAGGAGCUGCGGGCCCUGAGAGCGCUGGUCAAGGAGCAGGGGGAGCGCAUCGGCCGCCUGGAGGAGCAGCUGGGCCGCAUGGAGAACGGAGACGCCUAGGACCCCGGGCCCAGUGGCCGCCACUGCCCCCCCCACCUCCUCCUCCCCCUUCCUCACUCAGCCUCUGCUGGCAGGUCACCCUGACUCCGGCUGGCUACCCCCUGCCCCCUGCUGAGGGUUUCUGGGGCAGGCUCAGGGGCCAGUCCACACCCUGACCCAGCCUGUGGGCCCAGGCUGAAGCCACCGCCUGGCUUUUGUCAUUGUCACUGUGGAGGAUUUUUGCACCAAGGAGAACGUCUCCCCGAAGGGACCAUCUCCCCCCCCACCCAGCACCCCUGCUCCUUCUGCUUAGGGAGCAGGAGGGGUGAGCUCUGUAUUUUCAUUCCAAAUAAAAUUCUCUUUCUAAAAACCA